AUUUGAAUAUGAUUAGUAUGGGUAACAGUAUGUUUGAUUGUGAAGUUGAAAGGAGACACGACCACUCAGAAGUUAUACUUCAGCAAGAAGAGGAGAAAUAUCCUGGCGGCAUGACAUAUCUACAGUAUUUAGACCAUCUUGGUAUCAGCCCUCAAGGAAUUAAGCAGAGAACUCCUACCAAGUGGAGUGAGAAUCCCCAGCAAGUUCAUAAGACAUUCGAAGAUUCUGGGAUUACUAUUUCGAGCAUGUUUGAUUCAGGGAAUUUGUAUCAGGUGAAAAAGACUGGAGAAGGUUCUUUUGACCUCUAUAUUUCAGCUGAUUCCAAGCCUUAUGUUAGUGAAAUUUUAUAUAGAGGGUGGUUUUAUUUUAGUAUAACAGGAGCCAAACCUUCCACAAUGUUAAACUUUACAGUUAGAAACAUGAAGAACCAAACUAAACUCUUCACUGCAGGCCUUAGGCCUGUAUUUAAGACAGUUUCAAAGGAUGGGAAGAGGGUUAUCGUUCCAUGGAGAAGAAUUCCGUCAAAGCCGACCUUCAGUUAUAAUGAAGAUGAUGAUAUAUUUACUCUGAAGUGGACAUUUCCAAGUUCAAAAUCAUCUGAAAACAUAACAUAUUUCGCAUAUUCAUUCCCCUAUUCUUUUGAAGAAAUUACUCAUAAAUUAGACGAAUUUGAAUAUCGAAUGUCAAGGAGGAAGAAUGUCUAUGUUCAUAGAGAAGUUCUGACUUAUUCAAGAGAAGGCCGGAAACAGGAAAUGAUCACUGUUUCUUCAAAAGACGGUAUAAAUGAAGACGAUGAGAGGGAAGAGUAUAUUCCCAACCUUUUCCCAGAGCAUACAGGUGCACCUGAAGAGAGACCAUUGAAAUAUUACAGCAAGAGAGUCAUAUUUCUUAGCUCAAGAGUUCAUCCUGGAGAAACUGGAGCUUCCCAUAUGUAUAAUGGCUUCCUCGAUAUUCUGAUGGAUGAGAAAAAUCCACAUUCGAGAAGUCUGUUGAAAAACUUUGUUUUCAAACUGGUUCCUGCACUAAAUCCGGAUGGAAUCUAUAGAGGAUAUUAUAGACUUGAUACGCUUGGUCAAAAUUUAAAUCGGGAAUACCUUGAUCCAGAUUUGUUGGUUUGUCCAACAACUUAUUCCGUAAAGCAUGUUCUUAAGCAACUUUCUGAAACAGAUAAUCUGAUGAUGUACGUUGAUUUCCAUGCACAUGCUUCCAAAAAAGGAAUAUUCUGCUUUGGAAAUGCUCUUAAAGGAGAAAGACAAGUUGAUAAUGUCCUUUUUGCUCGUCUCAUGUCUCUAAACUGCCUUAAUUUUGAUAUGAGCGAGUGCAGCUUUUCAGAUAAAAUUAUGAAUAAAGUUGACAAGCAAGGUGAAUCAAGAGAAGGAACAGGGCGAGUGGCUAUUUAUAAAGACACUGGAUGCAAGCACUGAUACACACUUGAGUGAAACUACCACACAGGGAAGAAAUUGUCAAUCAUUCCUCCAAAAUUUAACAAGAUUCUUGGAAGAGGAGAGGCUGAAACUCCAGUUUCAGACUCUACAUCAACCCUAUACAGCAACGGGAUGUGACCUCCUUAUAACAUUGAAAUUCUUGAGAACGUUGGAGCAGCAUUUGCUGCUUCAAUUCUUGACCUUGUCAAUGACAACCCUGUUUCAAGGCUCCCUAUGAGCAGAUUCAAGAAUAUUGAAGGUGUCAGAAAUGAUGUUACCAAUACACUCAACAAGCCUGGCACUGGCAGAAGAAGAUUUGCCAAGAAAAAGCCAGUCGCCCCGAAGCCCCCUCCGAUGAAGGUCAAAAUUAAAUCUACUAAAUCUGGAAAAUUAAGCAGGAAAGAAGAAUCUAAAAUGAGUAAGAAACCACCUAUGAAGAAAUCUGUGUCAAUGUUCCAGAAGAAAAAGAAAGUUCCGGAAGGAAAUACUAACUUAAGGAGAUGAGCUAAUAGUUUUGGAUAUAACAAGAAUAAAGCAUCAAUUUCUUUCUCCAAGGGGAAAUCUACAGGGAGUCAAAUGUCUACAGCUACGAGCUCUUCUAUGAGGACUCGUUUUGGCAAGAGUGUUGAUGGGAGGAAGACUGUUAACUCAAGGGGAUUGAUGAGGGGAGUUAAGAAGUCCCUUGCUCAAAAAUCAAUGUCAAGAAUCUAA